CUCUGGGCGUCAGGCAAGGAUUACCAAAUCGGCGAGCCGGCAUCUCUCUCUCGAGAAGGGUAAGACAUGGCGUCAUCUUCUAGAAGAUCCACCUGUCCGGUGCUGACUUCGCGGCGAUCGAUCUCGCCGGGCUGCGGAUCCUCCGCCUUCGCCUCCUCUUCUUCGAGCUUUGCAGCCUGGUCAUACGCCUCAUUCUUACACCACGACUACCAGCAUCACCGUUCUGCCUCCCCCACCCGUGUCCACCUCCUGGGCACCGCCUAUACACCGGCCCCGGGCGUACGGUUCACCCUCGACCGAUCCACCUCGCCCGGCCGCUCCCUCGCAACCGCGAACAAGCGCUCCUCGGCAUCCGUCCGCCGCACCUGCCUUUGCUCCCCUACCACUCACCCCGGAUCGUUCCGCUGCAGCCUUCACAAGGGCCUCAGUUCCCGCUCCGCUGCCGUUUCCGCCCCGUCGAACUGCCUCAACGCCCGCCGUUCCGCGAUGACGAACUCGCUGGUACGAAUCGGGACCGUGGAGGGCGACUGGGUGAAGCGCGCACUUGCAGCCCUUAUUCGCCCCUCCUCCCAUCAGCAGCGGCGGAGGGUCGACUUCCAACCUCGUCCCAGCCGCCUAUCUCGCAUGUCUAAGGCCGACGAUCCGUAGCUUCCUUCCGCCCUAUUGACAGAUCUGGAAUCAGCAAGAAAGGCAGGAAAAAGAACUGGGAGUGUGGCGGAGAACAGAUCAGAUCCGCCCAUUUGUACAUAAUCUUUUGCGGCAGCCGUUGAUGGCGCAAAUCGAACAAAGGCAUAGGAAUUGAACUGUGAACACCACCCAAAACAAAUCAUCUAAUUUGGUCUAAAAUUAUUCAUUCAAUUUUGAGGGCAGUUCUAUGUGACGUUGGGUUAUUCGUCGCGCUUUGCAGAGUAGGAAUAACGUCUGCGUACGCCCCGUUGUGGUCCCGAUAUUCUUCCACAACCGUUUGGAUUCCGUUGCCGGCCGUUUGAGCGACGUCAUCGCAUCUUUUAAGGUGUUUGUUUUUGUCCCUUAAGGUAAAGUAUUUUGUUGCGGAUUGUUUGAUUUUUUUUAUUAUUCUUAUCAUUUAGUUGUC